AUAUCUUUUGAUUUCUGUAACCUUUAGUCAACCACAUAAUGUAGGCCGAUGGGUCAAAUUACAAGGCACCCAGCCAAACUACAAUAUUGGCUUAUAUAUAAAGUCACCGGCUUAUAGCAGCAGGCCAUUUUCCCCGUGAACCAGUAGCUUCAUCGAGUAAUAGAAAUUCAUCUCUUUAUAAUUCUCCUUAAACAGUGGACUGGACUGAAAUUUUUUUCAAAAAUAAGGAUUCAUUCUGACACGUGGCAUCAAUAUCGUUCCCGAAAAAAGUGAAAGGAACAAUCAAAUUGUUAUUUUUCCAUGUUGAAACUUAGUGCACAUCUUUUGACGGAUACAGAUUUGGAACUUUAAUGUCACAAACGACUUUGAAUUACAAGGUGAAUGCAUAGUAUAUGGCUCAAGAGCUGGUUUUUCAGGACUUUUACCAAUGCCUUCGAGUUAACAUGGUCCAGAUUAUAUUGCAUUAAGUUAUCAUCAAGAGUCAACUUGACAUACUUUGUCAGGAGAGAUUGAAAUCAUCUGGUCGGCUAUUCGCGCACUAAAAUAAUCUUCCAUGUGUUACUUUUUAUCAUAAUUGAAAGUUUUUCAUCACGAUGGCUUCUACCGAAAAUGGCCAUAGUAGAGAUGGAAGUAAGACCAUUCUUUGGUGCGUACCGCGGGCAAUCUCCACUGCUUUUGCCAAGUGUCUGAGCAACAUCGAGGACACCGAAGUGUGGUUCGAACCCUACACCUACAGCUAUGUGACACGAGUGGAGUACGAGCUGCAAACCAAACUUGUUAUUCCAACGGAGUAUGAGGGAAAUGAGGAAAUCUUCCAGAAGGCCAAAGAGAUGCUUGAUGUGUUAUCUCAAACUAAGAAUGAAGCUGAUCGCCUGCCAUACGGCUCGGUAAAGCGUCGUCUUGAAGCCUCUACUGCUAAACACGUGUUUGUCAAGGAUAUGGCUUUUGCAGUUCCUGAUGGGUAUCAUCAGUUUCUACCCAAGGGUUAUCGGCAUACAUUACUCAUCAGGAAUCCUUUCAGAUCCAUCCACUCGUACCGGAAGUCAAUGUUUAAACAGUUUUCUGAAUUAGGAUUGCUCGAAGGUGAAGCAGCGGACGAAAAAACGUAUGAUGUUGAGCGACAUGAUCGCUUCUUUCCUCCUGGAUGCUUCGUAAAGGAAUUAUACGACUUCUGGAAGUAUCUCCAAGACUCCGGGACUGAUCCCAACCCUAUCAUCAUUGACGGUGAUGAUCUACUGACCAGACCAGCUGAGACGCUUUCAGCUUACUGCGCGGCCGUGGGGUUGCCUUAUAACGAUAGUUUACUCAAAUGGGACGCAUCGGUAGAAGCUUUCAAGAAGAUGAAAGCUUGCGGAGAUGGUCUACUGAUGGAUCUGGUGCAUUUCUACGGAACGGCCAUGAAAAGCAGCUGCUUUCUGCCUCCAAGUAAAUCUGUAUCACGUGAUCAACUAACGGCUGACGUCAUUAGAUGCUCUGAUAAGGUCAUGUCCUAUUUUGAUGAAAUGUAUGAAGCUAGAUUGAAAGUUUAGAUGAGAUUAUUGGUUUAACAACUACUGUUAAUGUCCAAGGCCUCGGAGGUUCACUAUUAGAACAAUUACUUUUCUUUCGUAUUACGUACACUCUAAAAACAAGUCAGUCAAAAAUGACUAGUUAAUAGGGUCAGCUGGGUGCAACUGUUAUUCUAGUCGUAUUAGAACAGAGUUAUUUCUGACUAGAAUGUCAGAAAUGUGACUAGACAAUCAGCUGCACCCAGCUGACUACUAGUCUGGUAAGUUUGACUGAUUUGUUUUAAGAGUGUACGUAAUUAUGAAGGACUUAUUGAGUAAAAUCAUUAGCCCUCCUUUUUUCUGAAUUUAUAUAUGAGACCAGGCUACUUUCUCUCAUCACUUUUUUGUAAUGGUCAGGCCUUUCUUUAAACUGUGCAUAAUUAAAGUACCGCCCACUCAAGUCAUGAAUGGAAUUUGCAUUUUUUUAAAGGCUGUCAUACUUUGGUCAUUCUGUGUUAGCUCCAUGGUCAUUCCAUCAAAAAUAUUUUGAUAGUGCUUUAAAUGGAAUUGACUAUCACAAUUUCUAACUCUACUUCGGAUAGGACAACAUAGUUUGUUGUGGGUGUACGAUAAAAAAAGAACAAGGGUGACUUAAAGGUCAAGUCCACCUCAGAAAAAAGUUGUUUUGAAUCAAAAGAGAAAAAUCAGACAAACAUAAUGCUGAACAUUCCAUCAAAAUCGGAUGUAAAAUAAGAAACUUAUGACAUUUGGAAAUUUCGCUUAUUUUUCACAAAAAAGUUAUAUGCACAAUUUAGUCACAUGCAUACGAGAGAAUCGAUGAUGUCCCUCACUCACCAUUUCUUUUGUUUUUUAUUGUUUGAAUUAUACAAUAUAUCAAUUUUAACAGAUUUCACAAUAAGGACCAACUUGACUGAACCAUAUAAUGUUAAGCAAUGGUACCUCCACAUGUUCAGUGAGAAAUUAAACUUUGUUUCAAAGGAGAAUGGGGAGAAAAUUAUAAUAUUUCAUAUUUCAAAUAAUAAAAUGCAAAAUAAAAAGUGAGUGAGUGAUGUCAUCAGUUUCCUCAUUUGCAUACUGACCAGGAUGUGCAUAUAACUAAUUAUGUUAAAUUAAGCGAAACUUGAAAAUGUCAUAACUUUCUUAUUUUACAUCCGAUUUUGAUGAAACUUUCAGUGUUAAGCUCGUUGGAUUUUUCUCUAUUUAUUCAAAUAGCUCUUGCAGUCACAAACUCGAGCAUGAUGUAUAUUAUAUCUAAACCCCACCCCUAAAAAGAAAUAAAAAUAAAUAGAUGAAUGAAUCCGUAAAUAACUAUUAUGAAUUGAUAAAAAGAUUUG